GCGGGUCUUGUUGCAGAUGUUGCCGCACACGCUGGCCUGUGACAGAUGUUGUGGCCGAUGCAGGAGUGUUUGAUUUUGCAAACGUUUCGGAAACCUUUUCAAAGGCACUUAGUAGUGUAAAAGUGGAAAGGUUUAGUAAAUGGCUGCUAUGCUCUAAAGAUGCGCGUCUGCCGUGUUUUUGACUCGCCCGACUUUUUAUGAAAGGUUUCUAUGAUCUGUGAUAAAAUGGAUAGAUUGUUCAGCGUUACAUUUACUUUAAUGAAUACAACUAAUUAUAACGUAUCGUAGAUGAUGAUCUACGUGUCGUAUAUGCUUAAUUACAUUCCUUAACUGCUUAACCACACGCCCCCAAUCCAAGGACAGUUUUUUGUUUUGUUUUAGGGUGAAGAUGGUAAAGACCUCUGAUCUUGGGUCGAGGGCCACAUAUAGAAUCAGUUUUAGUUGCACUUUUAAUCCUGACACGUGGAGAAUGUUUACUGGAAGAGGAGAGAAAAGGCUCUUUGUUUUUUUCCAGGGUAGCAAGUGAUAAGGUUGGAAUUUGGAGUGAUUCUCCACUUUUCUGGAAAUUUUAAAUGAGGUCCUACCAAGCAUUCACUCUCUAUGUGCGUCUUGAUCUGUUUGAGUACUGUGUUGUAUUUGGUCAAAUCCUUCACCUUCUGAAAGCAAGACGUAGCCAAAUGAAUCGUUUUUACAUUCAUACCUUUUAAUCCAAGUAUUAAAUCUUACCCUGGGUGACAUACGGUCAACCCAGCAAGUUUAGAACAUCGCAUGAGGAGAGGCAGUGUGAAUGAUUUAAAAUCUUACAUAAUGACGUGAAGAGAAACUGCAUCAAUGUGUAUAAAUAGUCGACAAAGGCAGAUUUAGUGGUUCAGUUCCCACAGUUAUCAUAUUACACAAAUACUGUGCUUAGCUUUGACCGUAAGCAAGUCUGCGCUCUGCUGUGUGCUGAUCUGUGUCUGAUGGGCUUCACGCUUUUCUGGGGCAUAAACAGAAUAAUAAUGGAUGUCAGAACCCAAACUCGUUUUUCCCUUUAUGUGUUAAAGGCACUUGCGCCUUUAUUCAGACGAAGGAAUGCUGUACGCCAGAUGGAAUCGCGUGCUAGGACAGGGGAAUCAUAUGUCCAUAAAAUCAAUGGCAAUUGGAGUUUGUGCAUGAAAGAGUUCUUAGCCAAAGCUAAAGAAGACUUCUUACGGAAAUGGGAAUGUCCUCCACAGAGCACAACGGGCCUAGAUGACUUUGAAAGGCUAAAGACACUGGGCACUGGCUCAUUUGGGAGAGUUAUGUUGGUAAAACAUAGAGGCACAGAGCAGUACUACGCGAUGAAGAUUCUGGACAAGCAGAAGGUGGUGAAGCUGAAGCAGAUCGAGCACACGCUAAACGAGAAGCGGAUAUUGCAGGCGGUGUCCUUUCCCUUCCUCGUGAAGCUGGAAUACGCCUUCAAGGACAACUCCAAUUUAUACAUGGUGAUGGAGUAUGUUCCGGGUGGAGAAAUGUUUUCACAUCUCAGACGGAUCGGCAGGUUCAGCGAACCUCACGCACGCUUCUAUGCCGCUCAGAUAGUCCUGACUUUUGAGUACCUCCAUUCACUCGACCUUAUCUACAGAGAUCUGAAACCCGAAAACCUUUUAAUUGAUCAACAUGGCUACAUCCAGGUGACAGACUUUGGUUUUGCCAAAAGAGUAAAAGGCAGAACUUGGACGUUGUGUGGAACCCCAGAGUACCUGGCCCCAGAAAUCAUUCUCAGCAAGGGCUACAACAAGGCUGUGGACUGGUGGGCCUUGGGGGUUCUGAUCUACGAAAUGGCAGCUGGCUACCCGCCCUUCUUUGCAGACCAGCCUAUCCAGAUCUACGAGAAAAUAGUGUCUGGCAAGGUACGAUUCCCGUCUCACUUCAGCUCAGACUUGAAAGACCUUUUGAGGAAUCUGCUCCAGGUUGACCUGACCAAGCGGUACGGAAAUCUGAAGAACGGAGUGAAUGACAUUAAAAACCACAAGUGGUUCGCCACAACAGACUGGAUUGCCAUUUAUGAGAGAAAGGUAGAGGCUCCUUUCAUACCAAAGUGCAGAGGUGCGGGCGAUACAAGCAACUUCGACGACUACGAAGAGGAGGACAUCCGCGUGUCUAUUACGGAGAAAUGCACCAAGGAGUUUCUGGAGUUUUAGAGUGAGCGUGAGGUCACAUCAGGGCUCAGACAUUGGGAUCAUUGCACUCAGCUAAGAGCUUGGGAUUGGAACUGAGAUCAUCCGGUUUGUUCAAACAAAUACCUAGUUCCUUCAUUCCAGUAUGUGAUGGAGGUCCUUAUUGCCAUGACCCAUAAUAUGUAGUUAGCACUGACAUAUACCGGCACAUUUAAGCAGAAACACUCCCCAGCGCCCCCCCGUUUUCAAACCGUCGUACUUGUCCUGAAUGUUGUUUUGCCCCUUGUUUAAAGCAGUGGUAUUUUACAGGUCAAAAAAAUGAUCAGCUAGGAAAGAGUAAACAGACAUCCUUCAAUGUGAUCAAGUGAUCGUCCCUGGGGGUGUCGCAUUUGGUGUAAUUUGGGUUCAAUUCGAAGAUACAUGUUGCUUGUAGUUCUUUCCAGCUGAAAUUUGUCUGUUACGUGUCUGGGGAAUUUUAAAACCAAGAGCAAAUCCUAUCUCGGCUAAAAUGAGAAUCUCGAUGACUUUCACAAGUUAGAGUUGCCUGUUCUUUGUGCACAUGUCUAUCAAACAGACAGCAUCUAAAAUGCCAUGUGUGUGUUCAGAGAAUGACCAAAAAUAGAUAUUGAGAGUAUGGCAAGGGGAUAAUGACCUUCGAUGUCAUAGAAACCCGGUACCACUGACCCACAGACGUUCUUUGUUUGGUCCGAAUUCAGGCCUUUGUACAGCUCGCUACUAUGGACUGUAGCAAGAAACAGGAAACGGUAAACAGUAGAUAGGUCAUCGUACCAUUUGUAGCAGUGUUUCCAAGUAUAUCAACUCAUAAAUAGCUAAUUUUAUAUUUGAGUUCCUUAAUCCAGGUAUGGAAGUAAUAUAGUCAAUUGCAGGAUGGUACAUUUGACGACUAAACGUUCAGGUGCGACAAAACGUGGACUCUCAGAUUUUAGCCUUUGACAUCACUGUAUAUCUCCACCCUGUGCUCCCACCCAAACGGAAAUGGCCAAUUCACUUGCUCUGUAGCUAUAAGGUCCGGGGGGAGGAAGGGUCCAGCCUAGUUUGCCUGUGGAACAGUCCUGGUCGAACUGCUUCGGGCCAGCGGGCGAUUUCUGCUUCGUCAUGAGUUUCUACCGCUUAAGCCGUUUUGCAACAUUCUCAGAAGAGAUUGUAAAACUGCCAUAUUCCCAAGAUGUCCAUUUUUACGUGCGUGUUUCCAAAAUGGUUCAUUUCUUUCUCGCAGCGAUGUAGUUCAGCGGCUGGGCAUCAUGUACGUUAAACACUUGAUUAAGUUGCUUUCAUGCACCGACUAAAAAGAGUUGAAAGAUCCUACGUUCGCCAGCUUUUUGUCUCUCUCUUCUGUGUUCGACUCAUUUCAUACGGCACAUUUUGCGUUGUUUCUGAUACUUGUUUUUAUUUAUACAUAUUAGAGAAAGAUGCUGUCUAAUAAAUUUUAUUUUUAAACUGUUAAGACGGGAUAGUUUUGCUUACUUCUGAAGAUUUCUCUGCUCACGUGUAUGAAAUACUACCCAUGUGAAAAUACUUGCCUCCAUAUAUAUAUAUAUAUAUAUAUAUAUAUAUAUAUAUAUAUAUAUAUAUAUAUAUAUAUAUAUAUAUAUAUAUAUAUAGCGCAACUAUAUUUGUUGGUGUGUCAGUUGGUAUGAAUCCUUUUACAGCCCUUAUGUAAGCUACAUGACACCCCUCACUGAAAUAUAUAUAUUUUUAAAUUCACAUUUAUAGCUGUUUCACAAAAACAUUAUGGGCUCCACUGUCAAUUCUAUGUUUUUGAUUUAAUAUUUUGCACAUCAUCUGAAAGGCUGGUGGCAGUUUUUGUUUUUCUUUUUUUGUAUUAUUUGACCACCCCCAUUUUUUCUGUGUUCAAGGGAAGUACAAGAUACUUUGCUGUAGCAGAAUAUGUAACAAAUGGUCUGUGUGUGUGCGUGUGUGUGCGCGCGCGUGUGUUAUAUAAAAAUACCUAUAUCACAUUAAUAAAAGAACAGAAAAUUCUUUGUAUGAAAAUAUUAAUCUUUUGUAUUUCAUUUAGACUAAACAUGCUGUUGUAUGCAAGCUGUAUGCGAUAAUCUAUGGUAAAUUUGUCGUUUAUGAACGUAAAAGAUUUUAAUAAAUGCUGGAGAUCACAUUUA